AUGUCCACCCCAACCGUAAAGCGUGCGCGCCCGUACGCAUUUGAAUCAGUCGACAUCCCUCCAGAGAAGCGAGUUCGCAUCCAAGCUAACUUAUCGCACGACAGGCCAACCCGACCACGAAGAACCGUUGCCUCCUACCAGUCGAGAGACGCCACCCUGCCGAGCACACCAUCCCCGUCGACCACGCCAUCCCCAUCACUUUGCUUACCAGGACCAACUUCUACGACGACGCGUGUGCUGAGAUCUGCGACUAAAUCCACACAUCCGGUGAAAGAAACCUGCAGUGCAAAGCGUGCGCGAUCGCCCGAGAACGAAUCCCUCGAGCGUCCUCUCACGAAGCGAGCUCGUACCCAUGCACGACUCUGGGUAUCUACGAUAGUAGCACCAGUACAGUCUCGAGGAGGCACUUCUUCUACGCCGACCUCAUCGUCGACACAUCCGACGAAGUCGACUCGCAUUGCGAAGCCACAGCGCUUACCGGCCGCUGCGGACGCAUCCAAAUCAUCUCGCUCGAUAAAAACAAUACCGCCCAGAGAGAUACCUCCACCAUCCAAAGCGCCAUCCGCCAACCUACGAUCACUGUCUCGAAGCUCGCCCCCAUCUUCGGGUGACCGUACGAUACACUCCACCGCCACCAAGCGCCCACGCCCAUACACAUCCGAGUUACUCGACGGUCGUCCAACGAAGCAAGUCCGCUUGGAAGCUGGCUUGUCACAGAACGAACCAACCCCGCCGGGGAGAACCAUCACAUCCUACCAAUUGAGAUCGAAUACACCGUCCCCAUCAACCGCUACAUCCAAAUGUCUACGCUCACCGGAACCAUCUUCCACGACGACACGCGUCCUAAGAUCUGCGACCAAAUCUACCCAUCCGACGAAAGAUACCUCCAAUGCAAAACGUGCGCGAUCACCUGAGGAUGAGUCUCUCGAGGGACCUCUGACGAAACGAAUUCGUAUUCAGGCGCGACCCUGGCUACCUACACUGGUAGCAUCCGUGCAAUCUCAAAAAGCUACCUCAUCGACACUCCAAACCAAAUCGACACGUACCGUAAAAACGAAGCGCUCAUCAGCAUCUACGCGCGCAUACAAAUCAUCUCGCUCGUCUAGAGCGGUGCCACCCAGACAAAUACCAACACCAUUCAAAGCAUCACCGUAUCCAGGCUCUCCUCCAUCCUCGGCUUAUUGUAUGGUGCGCCGCACCGAGAACCAUCCCACUCCAAUUCAACCCGGUCUCCAGCGUCGUCACAGGGAUGUUUUCAAUCUCCUUUACGGCGGCAGCCUCAUGAUUCUCCGCUGUUUCGGUGUUGUCGAACUUAUCAUGGCAUUAGGACUUUGGUCCGGGAGCAGAAAGGAGCUCUCUGCUUUUGCCCGCGAACAUAAAGACCUAUACGACAUUUACUCGAGGGCUUCAGAGAAGGGCGACUUGUAUGAGCUUUGCACUUAUCCCGCACUUCAAAACCCAGUUGAUCCUAUCAUUGAACGUGUCUCUUCGGAAUGUGACAGUCUGUUUCAACACAUCCGAAACGGUAAUCUACCGUCUGCCUCUUUUUCGACACAGCCAGAUGCUGCCCCGCAACAUCUCGGCAACUUGGAUGACCUGGACGCUGCGGAGGCACUCAAGCGUGUAGACCAAAUCUUCUCUUCUCAGAGAGCCUUCGUUACAGCGUCUUCGUCUGCGAAAAGCCGAUUGCUCGCCCAGGAUCUUCUCCAAUAUUGGGGCUUCUACUUCUCGUUUACCUCUGUUGCCACAUGCCCAGUCUCGAAAGACCUUGAGCUUGCGGCCAAGAUGCUUGAGAUGAGGCUCACAACGUCGCAGCUUGGCGAUGACAAAGCCACCAUCGCGCAGGAGUGCUUUUAUGCCCUCUACCUCGCCCGUGUUGUUGUUUUCUCUGAGUUUCUUGACAGUCUUCCUGAUGAUAUCAGCGAAGAGCAAGCCCGGAAGGAAUGGUUAUAUUUCCAGCUUGCGCCUCCUCGUGCAUCCGGUGACUCGGAGGACGACGUUUUUGCUACCGUCUUUCGAGCGAUCUCGACUAGCGACCCGGAGGAUAUCCGGAAGAGUGCGAAGGGCCGAAUGAUUUCCGCACCGUGGAAACAUUAUAAAUGGUUUCCAAAGUCAAUCAGGGUCUUUCAGAAGGAGGGCGAACCUUUACCUCUGUUGGAUGAGGAUACCGACCCGCCCUUGCAUCUCAUCGUUGACGAAAUCACACCACAUGGUGCUGAAUCCUCCGAGGCUUACGCUAGUCGUCGCGCACGUCGCUUCCAGGAGUUGGUCUAUGCGCUUUUCUGGCCGGAGGCCAUCGCAUAA